AUGUCUAAGCCUAAGCAACAUGAGAAAAGACUUGAGAUCGAACUCUUGCUUGACUCCAUCCAACAGCUCGAGACCCGGGAUUUUGUCCAAACAACAGACGCCCUUCAGCCCCUCCUGCUCGCUGAAGCCCUCAUGGAGAGGGGGCUACACACCAGUGGCAUCUUCACCCGAGAGAUGAGAGAAGCAGCUAAGGAGUUGAAGGCCAAGGAAGACAUUACUGUGCAACGGGCAGAUAACACAGCCGCCUUCGUCUUAAUAAAAACGGAGAAAUACCAUGAGAAACUCGAUGCUAUCCUGUCUGACUCCUCAAAGUUUGAACGUCUCACACAGAACCUCACGGAAGACAUCAAGAGGGAUGCCAACCGUGUCAUCCAGUACACCAACAAGUAUCGCAACCAACGAGUCCACCUUCCGCCCAUCCAAGGGGACUUCAGCCUUGGUUACCUCUAUGGGAACGUGAAAACCCAUGAGGAGGGCAACCCUCUCCACCCGAUUGUCAGCCAGAUGCCCGCCCCGACUUACGCAUUUGCCAAGCGCCUCAAUAAAAUUUUGACUCCCUACGUCCCAAGUCGCUAUAGCCUGAGUUCAUCGGUGGAGUUCCUUGAAGAAAUUAGCGAUUCCCCCGGCACUGGCAUCAUAGCAUCCCUUGACGUAGAAUCCCUAUUUACCAACGUUCCCGUUGAUGAGACCAUUGACAUCAUCAUGGAUCGAGUCUACCGAGACCCGUCGACGGCCCCACUCAAUAUCCCAGAAGCCUCUUUGCGCACCUUGCUGGACAUCUGUACGAAGAGGGCCCCCUUCUCCACCCACCGAAGACAGAUGUUCCAUCAGAAAGAUGGCGCUGCCAUGGGCUCUCCUCUGGGAGUCCUUUUUGCCAACUUCUAUAUGGGCAACGUAGAAGAGAGGGUUUCGCCCAGAGCCAGCACCCCCGCAAAUACGCCCGUUACAUAG